UGUGUCAAAAAAAACAUCCUGAGCCAGAAUCCGCUACACGGACGCACUUUUGUUGAUAACACCACCUGAAAGUCGUUUAAUUUCGCGGUUUGGAGCCUUGCUGGCCACACACAGAGAACAUGCCCGGUGACAGGUAACCUUCCCCGGAGCUGCUGCUGCCUCUUCAGCCGGCUGAAGGACGGAGCAGGACGGAUACGCGCAGAUGGAGAGGCCGAGCAGACUGCUGUUGCUCUCCGAGCUUCGCGUCAGAAACGCGGCGUACGAUGUGAGCCUGAGCCGGUCCUUGCUCACCUGGAAGAGACGGGUUUCCAGCCCCGUUUACCACCCAUUCAGACCCAGUGUGUGUCACAGCGUGCCAGUGUCAGAGAUCAUCUCUGUCCGAGAGGAAGAGGAUGAGACCAGCAGGAGGCGAAAAAUAGAAGAUGGCAGCUGGAAGAAGAUCAAAGAGAGAGAAGGAAAGGACUGCAGGCAGGCCUUCACAGUGAUGUACGUGGAGAGGAAUCAGCAGCACCGCUGGCGGUGUGCCGAGGUCACCUUCAUCUGUCCAGAGGAGGCGCUGUGUCAACGCUGGGUCAGCAGCAUCAGAGAUCAGCUCGCCGCUAUCACCAGCCGACCGAAACACCUGCUGGUCUACAUCAACCCGUACAGCGGGAAGCGGCAGGGCAAACACAUCUACGAGCAGAAGGUGGCGCCGCUGUUCGCCGAGGCAGGAGUCUCCGCGGAUGUCAUCGUGACGGCGCACGCCAAUAAUGCGAGGGAUCAUCUGAGGACGGAGGCGGAGCUGAAGAAGUAUGAUGGGGUGGUGUGUGUCGGAGGAGACGGCAUGUUCAGCGAGAUCAUCCACGGCCUGAUCUGGAGGACUCAGAUGGACGGCGGCGUCGAUCCGAACUGUGCGGACGAAACUUUGGCUUCCUGCUCGCUUCGCAUUGGAAUCAUCCCUGCAGGUUCAACUGACUGUAUCUGCUUCGCUACUGUGGGCAGCAACGACCCCGUGACCUCAGCACUGCACAUCAUUGUUGGAGACUCUCAGCCGAUGGACGUGUGCUCUGUUCACCACAACAACACCUUCCUGCGGUACUCUGUGUCCCUGCUUGGAUACGGUUUCUACGGCGAUGUGCUAACUGACAGUGAGAGGAAGAGAUGGAUGGGACCGGCCAGAUACGACCUCUCAGGUCUGAAGAUGUUUCUCACUCAUCAUUACUAUGAGGGAACAGUGUCCUACCUACCUGCCAGAGGAACCAUGGGUACCCCACGGGAUGCAGCCAGGUGUCGAUCUGGCUGUGUGGUUUGUCAACACAACGGGCAGCUUCUCUCAGAGAGAGCCGAGAGGUACGAGAUGGAUGAAACAUCAGACAGCGAGAGUGAUGGCGAGUGGAGGACAAUCAGAGGGAAGUUUCUGGCGAUAAACGCUGCCAGUAUGAGCUGUGCUUGUCCUCGCAGCCCCAAAGGCCUCUCACCUGCAGCUCACCUGGCUGAUGGCACCACCGACCUCAUCCUGGUGCGGAAAUGUUCCCGCUUUGACUUCCUCAGACACCUCCUCAGACACACCAGCAAAGACGACCAGUUUGACCUGACUUUUGUUGAAGUCCACCGUGUGCGUCGUUUCCGCUUCACUCCGCGUCACUGCCAGAGCGACUCCGACCUGGAGCUGGAUCUGCGGGAGCACGGCAAACGACAGAUCUUCAGUCAGAUAUGCAGAGACCACCCAGCUUGUGGCUGUGCCCCCGCCUACAGCAGCUGGAACUGCGAUGGCGAGAUCCUCACCCACACAGCCAUUGAUGUCAGAGUGCAUUGCCAGUUGAUCAAGCUGUUUGCACGAGGCAUAGAAGAACCGACGGUGUUUGAGGAUCUCCCCAACCCCUGUGCAAUAUAAACCCUAAACCCAAAUGAAUCCCUGCAAGACACUGGAGUCUUCUUUUUGUUUUCAACCCCACUGCUUCUGUUACCAUCAUUGAAAACUGUUACACGACAAAGAUCUCCAGUAAAUAUAGAAAAAAAACAUCACUUUCUGGCUCUGAAAGUCUUAAACAUUGAUCCCCACUGACAGGUAUUUAGGUGUAGUAACAUCCUGAAUAGCCAGAAAGGCCAUACUUGGAAAUAGAUUUUGAAUUUUUUCCUGUUGUUUUAGUGCCGCACCCAAAUGAAUGUGGGGUGUCUGGCAUCCAAAUGAUUAGCAUUAUUGAUCUCCUGUUCUGCAGAUGAGACCCCAGAAUCCUCCGACCAUGACCUGAUGGUCUUAUCUUGAGGUUACAGAUGUUUUCUGUAAAGGUAAUAUGAUGUAUAAACAAAAGUCAGACACUUUGGGUGCAAACCAAAGUGAUACAAGUGUUUCUGUGUUGCACAAAGCAUUGCUGCCUGAGUCACUGCCUUUAGAGCUGUUACUCUGACUCGUCUCAGUCUUACGGCUGUUUGGAUGUAAACUUGUCUCUACUCUUAGUUCUCUCUGUUUCUCAAGUAGUAAGACUCGGACUUGAUUGAUUCUAACUCAUCUCAGGCUUGUAAGCGACUUGCCUUGUCUCACCCUUCUAUGUAUUUGGUCAGAUCUAGUCUCGACCCUGACUUGUCUGAGUCUUAUGAGGGAUACAAACAGGACUUGUGACUCACAUUGUUCCCAGUCUUGUGACUGAUAUCACCUGGUCUAGUUGUGACUCUGACUCCUCCGAUUUGGAUGGAUGGAUUUGACUCUUACUCAUCCUGUAUCUAACUUUGCUCCGUCUGGGGAGUUUUUUGACUUGGGCUUGUCUUGACUUUUGCUUGUCCCACUUCUUGCUUGUAAUAUGACUUGGACUUUUGCCAGUCUUGUGAGUAAUUUGACAUUGACUUUGACUAUGUCUUGUUAUUCUUUUGACCUGGACUUGUUUAGGUUCUUACAUGUCUCUCUGAAAGAUUUAAUUUUGACAUGACUUGACUCCGUCCUUGUUUGUGGUUGUUGUAACUUGGAAUAAUAUUGACUCUGACUGAUCUUAUUCUGGUGGUUGGUUUGAGUUGGAUUGGUCUUAACUAUCACAGUCUUGUGAAUGUUUUACUUGGUCUUACCUCUAUCUUCUUUGACUCAGACUUGUUGUGACUCUGGCGUUUCUAGAUCUUAUCAGUGAUUUGACUCAGACUUAUUGUGACUCUAGCUUUCGGUAGUUUGACCCAGACUUGUCCUGACUUUAGCUUAUCGAUGUCUUAUUGAGGAUUUGACCCAGACUUGUCGUGACUAGGUCUUAUCAGUGAUUUGACUCAGACUUGUUGUGACUCUGGCUUAUCGAGGUCUUGACUCAGACUUGUCUAAACCGCAAAGUUCUUAGUAUUUAGAUUUUUUUUUAGAUUAGAAAAUGUUACAUAUUGGCUUAUUUGCAUUUUUUAAAUAGUUUCUAAUUAUUUCAAAUACUCCAAACUGAUCAUGUAUUUUGAAUUAGCUGUUUCAUAUUUUUAAGGAUGCCAGACACCUGCAACUCUUUCUCAGCGUAAAGAUCAUUGUGGGUCAGCAGUUGGUUCAUUCACUCAUGAAAACUACCCAGUCUGCAUAAACUCAUUGUGUACUUGUGCUGACUGCAGGUGUGUUUUCAGAUGUUGAACCCCUCUGUGUCCGACGUUUGCGUGAAGGUUUCUGUUACAUUCUGAUUUUCUAUCAGAUCCUUUGAGCUCAAUCUUCACUUUAUUUAUAUUCCUAAAAAUCGAAUCACACUCAAUCAUUUUUAAUCUUCCAUUUCUGCUGCAUAUGCAAGUAAAAUCACACAAAUCAAAGUGGAUCCUUUUUAAAAACAGCUGCUUUAACACCAAUCGUUCACAAAGAUUCUGCAGGUUUUAUGUCUACGAAAUGAGCUGAGGUUGUAGCUAGAACUUUAAAUGUAGAAAU